UGUACGUUUCUUGUGGUUUGUUUUGAACAAGUUUUGUUUUGAAAAAUCAGUCUCUAAAUUAUGGUUUUCGGUCCCAAAAUCCAAAGUAAGAUAUAAUGCUCAGAUUUUGUCUUUCUCCGCGAACAGGUGCCGGUGGAGUAAGGACUCGUAAUUUUUCCCACGAAAAAAAACCGGAGACACACUAUGAGGUUUUGAAUAUACGGAACGAUUGCAGCACUCGAGAGGUCCGAAAUGCCUUUGUCCAACUUUCAAAAUUGUAUCAUCCAGAUGUCAAGAGAAAUGCUGUGUGUCCCGAGAGAACGGCUCGAUUUGUUCAGAUUUCGGAGGCGUAUAGGACCCUGAUAAAGCCGCAGAAGCGACGGGACUACGAUGACAGCUUGCUGUGGCAGCCACCUCGCUCUGACCGCAGUCCUGUAAAUGAAACAGGCAAUCCCGGCCAGCCGUGGGAUGUGAGACCCAACUAUGAUCCUAACCCAGGACCAUAUUACGGCAUCCGGGGUCUCAAGAGAGUGUCUAACUGGCAGGUCGCCUUGGUUCUUAUGGCCCUGGGUGUUUUCGGGGCACUUUUUGGAUUUACCUCCGUUAGGACCUCCUUUCAACUGAGUCGCCAGAUCCAGGAUGAAAUCUCCGCAGAUGCAAAUUCCCACCAUGCUGCAGUCGUGGCUGAUGCCCAGAAAUACGGCAACGAGGAGCAAGUGCGACGUAUGGUGGACCGUAUGUCGAGGAGUCCUUUUAACCAGACAUCGGCUAAGUAAACCCAUCUCCCCAUUUGUUUUAGCAAAAUUAAACGUGAAAGCAGAUAGA